CAUUCUUCACAAAUUACCAUGGACACAAAAAACGUCUAGCUCUCGGCUGAAAUGAUUGUUGUGUGUUGUGGAAGUCUAGGCGUAAGGUAGGCUAGUGAUAGGAUAUUGCAAAGGAAAUAAGAUGUCAAAAGGAACAACUAUCAAAGAUGCACUUGCCAAAUGGGCUGAGAAAAAUAAGGAAUGUCCACCAUCAGAAGCAAAAGUAGUUAAAUUAUACAUGCAGAUACCACCAAUUGAGAAAAUGGAUGCGUCGUUAUCAACUCUUGCUGCAUGCGAACAGCUGUCUCUCUCAACAAAUUGUAUAGAAAAAAUUGCCAACCUGAAUGGACUUAAAAACUUGAAGAUUUUGUCCUUAGGGAGAAACAACAUCAAGAAUUUAAAUGGUGUGGAAGCUGUGGCAGAUACACUGGAAGAAUUGUGGAUAUCCUACAAUGCCAUAGAAAAACUGAAAGGCAUACAAAUACUCAAGAAACUAAAGGUACUGUAUAUGUCAAAUAACUACGUUAAAGAUUUCGGAGAAUUUGAGAAAUUAUUUGGUCUGCCUUGCCUGGAAGAUCUCGUAUUUGUAGGGAAUCCACUUGAGGAGAAACAUUCAGCAGAAGGUGACUGGCGAGACCAAGCUACCAAGCGUUUACCAAAACUUAAGAAAUUAGAUGGUGUUCCUGUAAUCAAGCAGGAAGACGAAGAUGCAGAGGGUGAUGAUUAGAAUGACUUCAAACCUGACUAAGACCUUCAUUCAUUUCUUACUGUCUACUAUUUAUUUGUAUACCAUUUAUACUUUCUCUUGUUUCAUUCUGUCUACCAUUUAUAUCAAUGGUAUGCUGUAUGAUUUUUUUAAUCACAUGGAGGUAGGCCUAUAUGCAUUUUAAAACAGUAUUCCUUUUUGAAAUAGACUACUAAAUAUCACAUCACUCUACACUUUCCUACUAAAAAUGCAGUAACAACUUUUUGACUACUAAUAGCAGAAUAGACUUUUGUAUGCAUUUACUGUAUAUAUAGGAUAAAGAGGUUAAGAAUGGAAAGAUGGUGAAACCUAAUGUAUUACAUUACUUGAGGUUUUCUAAUAGAUAUCUAAAAUGUAUAUAGUGUAAAAAAUUGCAGUUGAUAAAUAUUUAAUUUUUUUAGAAUUAGAAAUUUACGGCACUCUGAAAUUCUCCAUUUUAGAUUUGAUGACAUCAUCAGUGAUAACACCCCUCUGAAAUUUCAAAUUAAACAAUUCCUUGUUAUAACCCAAAUACAAUACUUUGUGAAUAAAGUUCUUUUGAAAUAUUUUA